AUGCGUUCCGGACAUAAGAGCCAUAAGAAUGGUAAGAAGAAUGUGGACAAAGCCAGUGAUGAGUACAAGAAGCGCAGGGAACGCAACAACAUAGCCGUCCGCAAGAGUCGCGAGAAGGCGAAGAUCAGGAGCAGAGAGACCGAGAAGAAGGUGUCUGAGUUGGCCCGAGAGAACGACACCCUCCGCAAGAAAGUCGAUAUGCUGUCCAAAGAGCUCAAUGUCCUCAAGUCCCUGCUCACUAACGUUGGCGUCCCCGCCGAGAGUGUCGACACCGAGAUCGCCAAAGGCCUCCAAAUGGAUGGCCAUCCGAGCACUCCCUACGGCUCAUCCAUGUAA